AUGUGGCUGAGCGACAGGCAAAAAAUCGGCGUUGCGCUGGUCGCGUUUGGCGUCUUCUUCAUGUUCUUGGGCAUCAUCCUGUUCUUCGACGGCCCGCUCCUCGCGCUCGGCAACAUCCUCUUCCUGACCGGCUUGCCGCUCAUCAUCGGCCCCACGCGCACCUUCUACUUCUUCUCGCGCAAAGAGAAGUGGCGCGGCACCAUCUGCUUCUUCCUCGGCAUCGUGCUCGUGUUCGUCAAGUGGCCCGUGGUUGGGAUUGCGAUCGAGCUCGUCGGCUUCAUCGGCUUGUUUGGGUCGUUCUUCCCCGUUGUGUUGCAGGCGCUGCGGCAGAUGCCGAUCAUCGGCACCUUCCUCUCGCUGCCGUAUGUGCGCGGGGCUGCGGACAGGUUUGCGGGCGUAAGGCAGAGCGCGGUAUAG